AUGUCUUCCUCAGACGACGACACGCCUCUGGCGAGAGGAAAAGACCAAGCAAAGUCAAGCGAACAAAUUUCCAAGGAGGAAGUUAUGAAGAUGGACGCCGAGGCCCCUUCGAAUGGCCAUGUUGAGCCUGGCAUCUCCAUUCGCAUGGGCCCUGUAGACAACGACAAAAUGGACAUCGAUGCGCCUGAGACCAACGGAAACGCUGCUGGAAAGCGCAAAUCGCGCGGCAGUAUACCAAACGGCAAAUCGUACAAGGACGCAAGCAGUUCAGAGGAAGAUGCCAAGCCACUGAAUAAGCGCCGGCGAACAUCACAGCAAGCCAAACCUGUCAAAGACGAAUCUGACUCUGAACUCAGCGAUGUUCCUCUUAGAGCCAGGGUGUUGCCCAAGGCAAGCGCCGAGCAAAUCGGAGAAUCUGCCGACUCCGACGUACCCCUGGCCACGAAGCUCACCAAGAAGAAAGAGUCCAUCGAAAAGGCUGCAGCAAAGGAGGCAAAGGCUAUUCGCACCAAGGACAAGGCUGCUCCGAAGCGCAAGCAGAAGGUUGAGAGCGAGAGCGAAGAGGACGUUCCUCUUGUCAAAAAGAGGGCCCCGGCGAAGAAGACAAACGGCGUAAAGAAGCAGGAAUCCGACUCUGAUGCGCCCAUUGCGAAGAAGUCGGCCGCAAAGAAGGCUACCAAGGCGAAGCCUGCUGCAGCGGCACCUGCAAAGAAGACAAAGGCCAAACCGAAGGAGGAGACUGAGCAAGACAACGAGGCUGCUGACGAGGAGGAUGAGUACCGCUGGUGGGACGACCCAGGCAAGAACGACGGCACUAAGAAGUGGGAUACUCUGGAACACGCUGGUGUUGUCUUCCCCCCUGAGUACGAGCCGUUACCCAAGCACGUCAAACUGGUCUAUGACGGCGUACCCGUCACAUUGCACAAGGACGCUGAAGAAGUAGCUACUUUCUACGGAAGCAUGUUGAACUCCACCCACAACGUCGAGAACCCUACCUUCAACAAGAACUUUUUCGAGGACUUCACUGCCAUCUUGGACAAAACCGGACAUGGCAAGGACAAGAACGGCAACACGAUCAAGAUCAAGAAAUUCGAAAAGUGCGAUUUCAAGCCCAUCUUUGAGUGGUUCGACGCAGAGCGCGCAAAGAAGAAGGCUCUGUCAGCCGCAGAGAAGAAAGCGCUCAAGGCGGAGAAAGAGGCCGCAGAGGCCGACUACAUGUACUGCUUGUGGGACGGUCGCAAGCAGAAAGUCGGCAACUUCCGGGUUGAACCUCCUGGCCUGUUCCGUGGCCGUGGUGAGCAUCCCAAGACUGGUCGUGUGAAGAAGCGGGUCAUGCCCGAGCAGAUCACCAUCAACAUUGGCGAGAAUGCAAAGGUCCCAGAGCCUCCUGCCGGUCACCGUUGGAAAGAGAUCAAACACGAUCACGAAGGCACCUGGCUUGCCAUGUGGCAAGAGAACAUCAACGGUGCCUACAAGUACGUCAUGCUUGCUGCGAACUCCGACAUCAAGGGCCAGAGUGACUUCAAAAAGUUUGAGAAGGCACGAGAACUCAAGAAGCAUAUCGAUCGCAUUCGGAAGGAUUACCGGAAGGAUCUCAACUCCAAGAUGAUGGCUGAUCGCCAACGUGCUACCGCCAUCUACCUCAUCGAUCAGUUCGCCCUCCGUGCUGGUAACGAGAAGGGAGAAGAUGAGGCGGACACCGUCGGUUGCUGUUCGCUCAAGUUCCAGCACAUCACCCUGAGGCCUCCGGAGACGGUCAUAUUCGAUUUCUUGGGUAAAGACAGUAUUCGCUUCUACGACGAAGUCAAGGUCGACCCACAAGUCUUCAAAAACUUGAAGCUUUUCAAGAAGGAACCCAAGACUACCGGUGAUGAUAUCUUCGACAGACUGACUACGUCGGCUCUGAACAAGCAUCUGACGAGCUACAUGCCUGGACUCACUGCCAAGGUCUUCCGUACCUACAACGCCUCCUACACCAUGGCUAGGUUACUCAAGGAGAUGAAGGCUACCGGUACAGUUCAAGAGAAGGUCAAGGCCUACAACGAUGCCAAUCGCGAAGUCGCCAUUCUGUGUAAUCACAAGCGCACCGUCGCUGCCAGUCACGCCACGUCCAUCGAAAAAAUGAACGAGAGGAUUAAUGGUCUCCGUUAUCAAGCCUGGAGAACAAAGAUGAUGAUGAUCGAUGUCGACCCAAAGAUCAAGAAGAAAAAGGGCGCCGAAUACUUUGAGCGACCUGAGGAUCUCGACGACGAGUGGGUCAAGCAACACCAGGACGCUGAGGUCGAAGAGAUGCGCCAGAAGAUCAUCAAGAAGUUCGAAAAGGACAACGAGAAACUCAAGGCCGACGGCGAGAAGGAGCUGAAGCAGAAGGAGCUGAAUGAGCGUCUGGAGAAAGCCGAGGAACUGGCCGCCAAGUACAAGAAAGAGAACAAGACUGGCAAGAUCGAAGCUGAGGGCAAGGGCCCGACAGUGGAGAAGCUGGAGGCCAAUGUCGAGAAGAUUGUCCAGCGCAUUGAGAACAUGAAGAUCCAGAUGGAGGACAAGGAAGGCAACAAGGAGGUUGCUCUUGGCACGUCCAAGAUUAACUACAUUGAUCCUCGUCUCACCGUGGUCUUCUCCAAGAAGUUUGGUGUCCCUAUUGAGAAGUUCUUCUCCAAGACACUCCGAGAGAAGUUUGACUGGGCCAUCAAGUCGGUUGACGAGAACUGGGAGUUUUAA